UUGAGAUGGAGUCUCACUCUGUCACCCAGGCCAGAGUGCAGUGGUGCGAUCUCUGCUCACUGCAAGCUCCACUUCCUGGGUUCACACCAUUCUCUGCCUCAGCCUCCUGAGUUGCUGAGACUACAGGCGCCCACCACCACACCCGGCUAAUUUUUUGUAUUUUUAGUAGAGACAGGGUUUCACCGUAUUAGCCAGGAUGGUCUCAAUCUCCUGACCUCAUGAUCCACCCUCCUCAGCCUCCCAAAGUGCUGGGAUAACAGGCGUGAGCCACUGUGCCUGGCCUACAAUUCUUUUUUUUUAAAUUGUAAACCUUAAGAUAAUACAUUUUAUUUGAAGAAAAGUGCUGAAGAGGUGUUAUUUGUGUAGGGUGUUAAAAUAAUGGUAAGCUAUGAGAAGGGGAAAAGGGCAUUGAGGCUAAGGAGUUAGUAUGAAAAAAAAAAAAAGACCAGUACACAUGGAAAUGUUGGUGUAGUUUUGUACUGGGGUGGUUAGAUUUGGCAGUCGCUGAAGCUAAGUAUGUAGGCAAAGACUGAAUGAGAGGUGAAUCUGGAAUGGCAAGUUCAAAUUAGUCACUAGAAGACCUCAAACCAUCCCCUCUACAACCCCGGUUCUGUAGAUAUUGAAAGAAUGGUGGACCCGGGGCCCACUCUCUCUGAACUUGACUCCUCACUUCCCUAUGAAAGCUGGCUUUGCUCUGUGCCCUGUGAUAUAUAUCUGUUUGUCCCCACUUUACAAAAGUAUGAACCUUGUCUCUGGUUUACCUCCAAUGCCUAGAAAAAUAUGUGGCAGAACGCAUGCUUCAGUAAAUAAUCUUCUAAUCACUGAAUAUUUCAAGAAUUCCACAUAAUUCUAUAUGACAUUAUUAACUAUUGUAAAUUUUUAAGUGGAGAAAAAGUACUAUGUUGCCUUUAUUUCAUGAAAGCAACCUUAAGAGUUGGCAUGAACACAUCUAUCCAUCCACUUGUAUUUGUGCUCAUAUACUCAUAUCCCACUUACUAUGGAUGAAUGGAAUGAUCUAUCAUCUAAAGUCAAUAUUUCUUUUUCCUAACUUCCAAUCCAAGGACAUUAUUCCAGAAAUACUUCCUUGUAUUUCCUACAUUAUCAAUUUUGCCCUCUCUGUGGAUGAUUUCCAUUGGCAUGCAAACAUGCUAUUAUUUUUUCUCAUCUUAUAGAACAUUAAACACAGUGAUCUUGACUCUACUUCCUCUAUAAUUACUUGCCUUUUCUCCAUUCCUUUUUUGAGUGAAGCUUUUUGAAAUUGUUGCCUGUGCUUACUGCAUUCAACCCCUCUACUUUGUUCUCUCAGAAAUCCCUUUCAGUCAAGUUUUCUCCUUAUCACUUCACCCAAAGGACUCUUGAGGUCAUCAGGGCUAGCCACUUUACUAAAUCCAAUGGCUGAUUAUCAAGUCUCAUUUUAUGUCAACUUUCAGCAGCAUUUGAUAAAGUUGGCCACCAUUUUCUUGAAAUAAUGUUUUCCUUUGGCUUUGUGAACAUCAUACUCUCCUUUACUGGUUGCUUUUCAGUUUUUUUUUUCUGGUUCCUCUUUACCCUUCUUUAUUUUUAUUUCAAUAGGUUUUUGCGGGGAACAGGCAGUGUUUUGUACAUGAAUAAGUUUUUUAGUGGCAAUAUCUGAGAUUUUUGUGCAUCCAUCACCAGAGCAGUGUACACUGUACCCAAUGUGUAGUCUUUUAUCCCUCGACCCCCUCCCACCCUUUCCCCCAAGUCCCCAAAGUCCAUUGUAUCAUUCUUAUGCCUUUGCAUCCUCAUAGCUUAGCUCCCACUUACGAGUAACAAUAUACAACGUUUGGUUUUCCAUUUCCGAGCUACUUCACUUGGAAUAAUGUCUCCAAUUCCAUCCAGGUUGUUGCAAAUGCCAUUAUUUCGUUCCUUUUUAUGGCUAAGUGUAGUAUUCCAUGGUAUGUAUGUGUGUGUGUGUAUAUAUAUAUAUAUAUACACACAUACAUACAUAUACACAUAUAUACCACAUUUUCUUUAUUCACUCGUUGAUCGAUGAGCAUUUGGGCUGGUUCCUUAUUUUUGCAAUUGUGAAUGGUGCUGCUAUAAACAUGCAUGUGCAAGUAUCUUUUUCAUGUAAUGAUUUCUUUUCCUCUGGGUGGAUAACCAGAAGUGGGAUUGCUGGAUCAAGUGGUAGAUCUACUUUUAGUUCUUUAAGGAAUCGCCACACUGUUUUCCAUAGUGGUUGUAUUAGUUUACAUUCCCACCAACAGUGUAAAAGUGUUCCCUUCUCACCACAUCCACACCAACAUCUAUUUUAAUUUUUUGAUUUUUUUAUUAUGGUCAUUCUUGCAGGAUUAAGGUGGUAUCGUGUUGUGGUUUUGAUUUGCAUUUCUCUGAUAAUUAGUGAUGUUGAGUAUUUUUUUCAUAUGUUUGCUGGCCGUUAGUAUAUCUUCUUUUGAGAAUUGUCUAUUCAUGUCCUUAGUCCACUUUUUGAUGAGAUUGUUUGUUUUAUCCUGAACAGCUACAAUUCUUUGGCUUGUUAUUUUAGUGGUUGCUUUAGUGUUUAUAGUGCAUGUAUUCAACUGAUCACAGUCUACCUUCAAGUGAUAAUAUAUCAUUUUAGUAUAAGAAACUUAUAUCAGUAUACUUCUUCCCUCCUGGUCUUUAAGCUAUGACUGUCAUCCAUUUUAUUUUACAUGUUGUAAAUUCCAUAGUACUUUAUUAUUUUUGUUUAAACAAUUAUAUUUUAAAGAGGCUUAAGUAAUAAUAACAAAUCAUAUAUUUGUCCAUGUUGUUACUAUUUCCAGUGUUCUUCAUUCCUUUGUGCAGAUCUAGAUUUCAAUAUGGUAUCCUUCUUAAGGCCUAAAAGACAUCCUUUAAUUUUUCUUGUGGUGCAGGUCUCCAGGUAAGAAAGUCUUAAGUCUUUACAAGUCUAAAAAUGUAUUUAUUUCUUCAUAUCCAUUAUUCUCUUUUUGGUAGUAUCUAGUUGGCUGUGACACUAAUCCAUUAAACUUUCCAUUUCAAUUAUGGUAUUUUUCAAAUCUAGAUUUCUAUUUGGUAGUUUUUCCCAAUCUACUUGGUUAUUUUCAUACUCAUGCUCUUUAAUCCCCUCGUUUCUUUACAUGUAAGACACACUUUAUUUGAUGUUUGGUGGCUCUAAUAUCUUAAGUCUCUGUAGGUUGUUUCCUCUGUACAUUGUUUCUGCUGGCUCUUGCCCAUUAUAAAUGUUUGUGAUUUUUGAUUAAAAACUUACAUUCCAUGAAGCUGUCUUCCAUUUUGCUUUUGCCAGGCACCUGGAAGGCAUUAAAAACCUGAUGUCACUUUAAAUUUGCAGCUUGAGACUUUUUAGAUUAUACAGUUUGUGUGUGAAGCCACCAGUGGAAGGGCUGCCCAUGGUUAUAUAUUAAUGUAUCCUCACUCUCAGGAGAGAUGUUUUCCCUCAGGAUGGACAAUCUUGUCGGCUGCUCCAGGGGCUGCAGGGAUUGAGGGGGCAGGAGACAGGGGAGGCAGACAGGUUGAUUCAUAGUUCCCUCCUACACUAAACCUAUCUUUUUGGUGUCCUACUUUUUUUUUUUUUUUUUUUUUUUUUUUUUUUUUGAGACAGAGUCUGGCUCUGUCUCCCAGGCUGGAGUGCAGUGGCGCAAUCUCGGCUCACUGCAACCUCUGCCUCACGGGUUCACGCCAUUCUCCUGCCUCAGCCUCCCGAGUAGCUGGGACUACAGGCGCCCGCCACUACGCCCGGCUAAUUGUUGUAUUUUUAGUAGAGAUGAGAUUUCACCGUGUUAGCCAGGAUGGUCUCGAUCUCCUGACCUCGUGAUCCGCCCGCCUCAGCCUCCCAAAGUGCUGCGAUUACAGGCUUGACCCACCGCGCCCAGCCGGUGUCCUACUUUUGAUGUCUUCUGCUAAUCCUCCUACCUUGGACAGGAUCUAAACUUUGUCUGCUAUUCUGCUGCCCCAUCCUCUUCCCAGACUAUGAAAAGAGAGUUUCAAUAUGACACUUGGCAACUAUCUUAAGGGUGAAAAAUGGCAUCUAAUUACUUCUUUGGGUUUCUACUUUCACUUUUUAAUUUUAAUUUUUUUCCCUUUGCGAACUCUUAAUUAUUUUGCAGCUCAUUGAUACAUUUUUUAAAUGGUUCUUGAUAUGUAUUCCAGAAGUUUUUGUUGUUUUCUGGUUCUUGUCAGCCCGUGUUGCCGGAAAUAAAAUUCUUUCGACUUGUUCUUUAACAAUUUACAGUAUCCAUAUAUUCCUUCCUGUUCUAGAAGCAAUAGAGUGAGAACACACACUUAGGAGUCAAGCUGGCCUGAGAUUAAGAUCCACCAGCAAUGUGACCUCAGUAGCCUAUUUACAUUCUGAGCCUCAGUUUCUCAUAGGGUUGGUGUGAUAAUUAAAUGAGGUAAUAUAUGAACAACACUUAAAACAGAGACACUGACACUGGUAAGGAUGGACUUUCUUGUUAUUACUAUCUGAAAAAGUUGAAAAAUUAUGAGCCUGAGUAACAGUUAUACAUCUUACCCAAUGGUUCACUAACCUCUGGUCCCUGGCUACCCCGGCCCCCUCUACCAUGCAGUCACCCACACCCAUGCUUAUACUGAUGGAGAGGAGUCAACUAUGAGCUAUUCACUGGAUGACAGGCCCAGCUACUGUCACAGAUGCGCCCCAAGUCCAGGACAGAAUGCUAGCAGAUAGCUGCUGGUCUGAGAAAUGUCAUCAUCAUAUAAGCCUGAGUGAAAACACAGCCCCUUUACUACUAAGAAAUCUGAAAACAAACAAACAUAAACAAACAUAAUUUUAAUUUUGUAUUUUUUAUGAUGUCAUUUGUCCCAACAGCCAUCUGACAUCAAUAGCCCUGAUUACUAAAAGCCUCAACGUUAUAGAAGUGUUCUCCUCCUUUUUGAAAACCAUGUUCAUUUUUCCCCCACAAUACAGCGCUACCUGCAAAGCUUUGAACUGAUAACAUAGCUCAGGGGCUAACUCUUGUCUUAGCAGAGUAGCAGCUGAAAAAAGAAGACAAUUCUUAACAAACAGGGAGAUCACUAAUGCUCACUUCUAAAAACAUUAUUUAUUCAGGGCAAGUGGUAUUUCUGACGUGCGAAUGAAGCUUAAACUUCAGCUUUAAUUUAUAAGAAUUAGGAAAUGCAGAUUAAAUCUCUGAUGCCAUAUUGUGAAUUCAGCAAAGGUUAACUAAUCUACGACGCAAAGACAAACGUUAGCUAUCCUACGCUUAUUAUUCUGGAAAUUUAAUGAAAAUUAAAUAAGACUCACAGAGUAUAAGAAUUGUCCCCCCGCCUUAACAGUGUUGUUUUCAGCUUCUGUUGCCUGAAACAUUGCAGAAUAAUUCAGAUUUUUUUAGCCCCACCUUUUUAUUGAGUAAAACCAAAGUACUAAACUAAUAAAUGUGAAAAAGGAUGUUGGGUUUAAAAAGAAAAAGCCUCAAGACAUCGAGCCUCUUAGAUAUUUUAAAAGUGAAGACUGAGAAGGAACGCACUGUUGCUAAACAGAAUUAUAGGAUUAUGGUCAAUUUAUAAUCUUUUCAAUAUGGGAUUUGAAUGUUCCGAUAUUAGAUACGGUGUACGUACUUUAUUUAUAUAGUACCUCCCGAGAAGAAAAAAAACCAAUAUUGGUUUAUACAGUAUUUGGCAUGCUUUUGACGUAUGCAGUGAUGUAUACGAUGUCAGAGCUAGAAAAUAGCUUAGAUACGAUUUGGAUUCAGCGCUGGGCGGCUCCGCCCCCGCCAAGCCCCGCCCCAUCCCCCUCCCUCCGCCUCGCCUUAUCCCGCCCACUCCGCUCCGCCCCCUGCCCCCUGCCCCAUGCCUGUCCGCCGCCCGCCCCGCCCCGUCCCCUCAACCCCGCCCGGCUCCGCCUCGUCCCCUCCGCCCCGCCCCGCCCCCGGGGCAUGCGCUGUGCGCCCGGCCGGCGGGGCUGGCUGUGUGAGGACUGCGGGCGGAGCUCGUGGCCGGUGUCUGAAGUCGUCAGUUUACUGCUUGUUAACGAACAUAGCGAUCACUGGGAACCUGGAAGUAGAGACUCCUUUCUGCCGUCCCUCGGGCUGCUGCGAAUCCCCCCCGCCGGCCUCCAGGACCCCGGGCUGACUGAACGCCCGCACCGGUCCCGCCGCCCCAGGGCCCGCUACGCGCCCGGCAUAAUGGGAGAAAAAUCACGACGGAAAGGCCCAGCCCCUCGCCAUGCAGACGGGAAGCUUGGCCGCACGUGUGAUCACCCUUACGCCCCUUGGAGUUUCACCCCCUCUUCGCGGGCUCCAACAGCCUGGGUCAGACCUCCUUGUCCUGUGUGGGCUUCUCGGCUGCAAGAACACAGUCCCGAGCCCCGGCGAGCCCGCGGGCCUCCCACCCGCCGUGCACAGGCUGCACUUUACGCCCCAGCACUGCGCCUGCGGGACCAUCUGGAUCACUUUUCCAUUUUGAUGACGUCCUGUACUUCGUGGCUGCAGGCUCCUCAAGCCCCAGGUCUGUGCAGAGACGAGCAAAGCAGCAGAAUAUCCGUGCCACAGCUUUCUGGAGCACCCAUUUUACUACCAGAUUUGGAAGGAACGAAGUUAAGUAAUUUCCAAGAAUCAUCUCCCCUGCCCCACAAACAUGAAAGAAAAGACAAGAGAAGCACCUCAGAAGAGGAGGGGAGAAGUGCCCCAGAAAAAAUCAUCCAGUCUCUGAAGCUUUGCCCAGGUGGGCACAGGCCAGCCAGCCUCUCCUCUGGUUGCCCAGCUGGCUGCAGGCUGUCAUUUAACCUUCCGCCCAGCAUGCUUUUGAGUGUGCAGAAGUGCUGCAUGCCCUCUUCUUUGAAAACCUGUUGAGCAAAUGCCUCCGCAUUUUAUGCACCUUCAACCUCCACAGCCAAAGGCCCCCAAGACCAAACAUGCUGUGCACACACAGCAGCUCUUUGUGUCACACUCCUGGCCGAUCUCCUGCAUCAUCUCGUUGAGCUUCGUUGAACCCCGCAGUCUGCAUGCUCUGUGGAACUCAGGGUCUUCAUUUUGCAUGGAACUCAGGGUCUUCAUUUUCCGUGGAACUCAAAGUCUUCUUGCUCUGUGGAACUUGGAGUCUCAGGGCCUUUGUGCUCCAUGGAACUUGGGGUCUGUGUGAUUCAUGGAACUCAGAAUCGUUGUGCUCUGUGGUACUCGGGGUCUGCGUGCUCUGUGGAACUCGGGGUCUGCAUGCUCCAUGGAAAGCACCAGGAUGCACUUGACCCCCCACACCCAUACAUACAUCCUUCAUUUUAUUCCUGGCCGUCACCUGUCCACCCUGUGAGGCUUCUUCACCCCCACUCUCCUUUGAGCUCAUGCUGGGUCUUUCGGACUGGCCUGAAGCAUGGGUGUUGGUAGGGGGGAGUGGCUGAUGUCACACCUUCAGGCAAAUUCUGCUAGUGUCACACCUGAUGGAGCUGCCUAGGGAGGAUGUUUCCUUGGAGGAUGCGCCCUGGCAGCCACUGGCUUCUUAUGGUGCCUGCACUGCUGCUGCUGCCAUGGGGGCCACACUGGGGGCUGUUCUGGAAUUGGUGGUUUUCAUUUCCAGGUUAGGUAGGGACUGGCAGGCACCUUGGCUGUCCUUGUGGCUUCUGUCCUGACCGUGGUCCUCCCCAGGUGGCUGAUUUUCUGGGCUGCUGCUCUUCCAGGAGGAAUUAAAGGUGGGAAUGGCUGAAACCUCAGCUUUGGAUUCACAGAGACCCUAGGCUGUGUCACGCAGAAAGGGAAAGGAUUGCAGAUGGUGGUGGGAUCAGCCGAAGGCAGGGCCUUCACUGUGAUGCUGGAGCCCUCCAUGCUGGGAUGUUUGCAUACAGCCCAGGUUCAGUUCGGUGGUCCAUCAGCGAGUCCUGGAUCUGGUCUCACUCGCAAGCCAUGGACAACAUGAGCUCAGUUUGCCAGGACUCUUGGGGUUAGGGAGAGCUCAGCAUCCGGGUGGCUCUGGUUCCUUCUCAUGCUGAAACUCUGCUGGUGUUCCUCCAUGGGGCCCUUGUGGGUUUUUCUGAGGUGCCCCUCUUGCUGGAGUUGAGGAUGAGAAAUGUUUUCAGUGGGUUUGCACCCUCCACACAUAUGUAAGAGGUGUUGUGUUUCAUUCCUGUCAGGAUCCAUUGCUGCAGCUUCCUGAAGUUGUGUCCGUUAAAAGGCAGGGACCCGGUCUCCAGGCUACAGAGGGUGACUCCAGGUUCCACACCACCACUGUGGACCAGUGUGCCUAUGGACUUAGGAGAGUUCCCAGAUCGCACAAGGGGGCUGCCCCAGAAGGUGUUCAGCUUGUUGCCAACAGUUGCUGAAGCCAAAGUCUGCAACCUUGAUGUUCAGGUCAAGCAGCCAGAAACAGGUGUUCUGGCUUUAGGUCCCUGUGGACAAUGCCAUUCUCUCCUUCCCAGGCUACUGAUGUCCUGGGUUGCUCCUCUUAUGGUAGAAGCUCAAGAUGGAAUGGCUGGAGCUUGGCUGCCUCCGGUUAGAGCCUGGGCUCUGUAUUGCGGACAUCACCUGGCAGAAUUCCUCAUGGGCCCCUUUUGUCGUGGGUGCAACUGCUGGGCCAGGGUUGUCGUGGGUAGUAAAGGUAUUUACCAAAACAACGUGAGUAAAGAAAGGCAAAUUUAUUACAGAAACUAUGAAAAUACAUUGCAAGAAUGCAACAUGCAGCACAGCAGAGAAGGGGCUGUCUGCAAAGAUAAAGGGCUGGAGGGAAGUUUUCUAAGGUUGUGCUGGACGGGGCUAUGUGCAGGUGAGCUUGUGCUAUAUGCUAAGAAUAUGUUGGAAUAAUUUUAACUGCCAGACCUUUCCUCUUCUGGUGCCCGAGGGAAACGCCCUGCUGCUUUUAGCUGUCUUGUAACCCACACGCCUUUUCACUUCUGAAGUUGCAAGAUAACGGCUGUGGUUUUUCACACAAAAGGGUUGCAGACUGGGUUAGGUCCCUGUUCCGCCAACCUGGCUCUUUCCCAGUUUCAGUUAACUUAGUGGUUUACUAGAGCCCCACACCUUUCUCUUUCAUAUGGCCAUGAUCCAGGAGGUAAUCCGUCACCUCCCCUCCACUAGAGUGCUCCAUGGCCAGGGGUAAUCCGUCACCUCCCCUCCACUAGAGUGCUCCAUGGCCAGGGGUAAUCCUCACCUCUCCUCCGCUAGAGUGUUCCAUGGCCAGGCAGUGUUUCCUGGGUCCAGAGCACCUCAAACAAUUUCAGUGUUGUGGUGACUCAGGGCCUUCACCAUACAGACUUGACAGCAUAGUCUAGAGGCUGGAGGGGCUCUGUGACUCCCAUUAAUGACAGUCACUGCCACAGUUUCCCCAGGCAGGAUGUGCCAGGAGAACUGCUCCAUGUUGGCUCAGCAGAAUAUUAUUAUAGGUAGCUCAAAAAGAGAGGGAACAGGGCUUCUCUAGAUUAUUUCAGGGAACAAGCUAUUAUUUGAAUGUUAAUUUAAGACUAUUUUAUCAAUUAAAAAUGUAAGGCCCAAGAAACUUCAGUUAGGAAGAAUGAACAAAUUGAAUAAAUACUGUUAAACUUUAUGCUUCUUUCAGCAAAUAUUUUCUGCUCGUCUCUAUGAGUCAGGCACUUUGCUAGAUACCAUAACAUAGAAACAUAGCAUCAAUCCAAUAUGGUGUGGGUACUGUAUGUCAAAUUUAAAAAUAAAAGUGCUAUAUAAGAAACCUCUCAGUGCCCUGGAGGCAGGGUCCAGAGACAUAUCCUGUGGAUGACUGGGGCUGAGGUUUAAGGGAUGAGCCUCGGUGAUGAGACAGACGGGAGAGGGCACCUAGGGAAAGCGUCUUCAGGCAAUCGUGGUUCAGUGAGCUGCAGCCGUCGCGGCAGGAGAGUGAGGAGCGCGGCCUAUCUGGUGAUUUGCUGUGGUUGUGUUCUGUAAACUCGCCUGGGGUCCUGAAGUAUUGCUUCUGGGGAAACACAGGGUAAGGUUCCUGCAAGCCUCUGGUUGCAAUAUUUUCAACUGCCAAGGCACCAUUCAUGUUCCAUGGGUUCAUUUUCCAACAUCCCUGUAAAACAAGGCAGUCCCAUCAGUGUUGAAAACUGCUCUCCACAUACCCUUUUCCCGUAGAGUACUUCCUGAUCUACAGAGCUGCCACUCCUGAAAAGCUAACACUUUCCAUGCCAUGCUGCCUUUUGAAAGGUGCCAGCCAGGCAGCAUUAGCUAAGACCUCUUUUUGGCUCUCCUCACAACAGUGCUGCCCGCUGUGCUUUCAUUGGUCAUCAUCUCAUGAAGUCACAAAUGUAGCUGCUUUUCCAUGGUUUCCAUGGUUUUGCCACACUCUAGGGGGUGUUAGUUUUGCAUUUUCCCGAGCAGCCUCGUGUACAGGUUGGUGAAGCUCCCCUUCCUCUUUCUGGAUGCACUGUAGUGUUUGUCAUUAGCAUUGAACUCACAGUUCACAGCACUAGAACCCACACCUGAACCAAGCUUGGCUAACAAGUGUUUUCUCUGUAAGGCACAUCACAGCCUUCUUGCUUAUAAGGACACUAGACAGCGCUUCAGCAUUAUGCUUGGAGGCCGUUUCAAACAGUGAAAUCAACAACAGCAAGCUCAAAACUGCAAAAGAAGUGGUACUAUAGAGACCAUGAGAAGACUGGUUUGCAGAUUGAGAGUAGGAACAAGAAGGCAGCAUGGGGCCCUGCAUGGCCUCCGCUGGGAAGCCGAUGGCUCAAAUUGUUGCCCUGCUCUGCACUUGUUUUCCUGUGACUGUGAAAGCAACACGAGUAUUGAUUCGGGGGUUAAAAAUACAUUUUAACAAGCAGAAAAGUUCACAAAUAUGAAAUAGUGGCUAGUGAGGACCACCCCCAUGCUGGAGCUGCAGACAGAGGCUGUUGCGAGUGCGAGGCUUGCUCCUAUCCCGGGAGCUUCUGGUUGCCACCAGCACCUUGUAAGCCAGGGAGUAGUGUCACCUGUACUGUAGCAAAAGCACCUUUUCUCAAUGUGAAGUAUGGCUUGAAGAGAGGAAGAUGGAAGACUGGCUGGAAGAUGGCUGUGUUAGGGGUGAAGCAAGGAUGGGGGUGGAUUGACCAAGCUGGGCCAGAGGUGCGAGGAGCUGAUCCGAGAGCCCUGUGUGCCUGUGAGUCCUGGCGGAGUGGCCGUGCAUGGUGACAGGGAGGAGGCAUCCAGGACAGCACCCACGUUCCUGCCUGAGGCACAUGAGGGUGGAUGACAGGGUUCGGGGCCCUAGCCUUCAAGUCAGACACACCUGAGUUCAAAUCCAGACUCCACCACUGACUGGCUGUGUAGCCUUAGACAUGUUCCUUCACUUCCCUAAGUGUCCAUUUUCUCAUGUCCAAUAUAUAGAUUACUAUGCCAUAGGAAUAUUAAAUCACUCAGUGAUUUUGAGGUUAAAA